AUUUGCAAUCUGGGAUUCCAGCUGAGUUAGUCUUGUGAGAUGACUGGAGUUUAGGACUCAGAAGAACUUGCCCUAAAACACAAAAUGCCCAUCAAACCAAUUGGGUGGAUAUGUGGGCAAGUGAUAAAGAGAUUAUCUGGACAAGCAUACCUAAUCCAGAGAGUAGUUGUGGAAAUUAUAGAUGAGAUUAAGGAUGAAUUUCCAACCAUAAUUGGAAUACAACGGUCAAACCAGCACAUUCCCAUUCUGCAAGCGUCCAGAUCAGUGGUGGCAAGCACAUUCUCUUCAUCUCCUGGAGUAAGAGUUAUUAAUGGGCUAAACAGAAUAUCAGCAUCUUCAAAAUCUGGUGCCAAAUUCUUGCAGCCACGACUUGUACAACAUUUUGCAGAGUUAAAUACUAUGUCUCAUUGUCUUCUGAAAAAUAUAAACACACCAAAGCAGCCUCUCUAUAAAAAUCAGGGUAGAACAUUUUCCCUUUUUGAUGUGAUCUCCUAUCCAGCAAAGACUGCUCUCACCAGCAUCAUGUGUGCUUCCUAUGCAGCACUAAUUUAUGUGGCACUCUCUAUUAGCACAGUAGUGGGGACAAUAAAAAAUAUAGUUCAAGAAGAAAAGGCCUCAAGAGUAAAGUCUAAGAAUGAGGAAGAAAAAGAUGGAUUCUCCAAAUAUGAAGAUUCAGCAAGUUACAGUGUGCUCUCUCCAGAGAAGCAAGUCUUUUCUGAAUUUCCUGUGGAAAACUCAACUGAGAGCAGCAUUCACAUCCUACACUCUGCCCUGGAUCAAGACACUUAAAUAUAGUGGUAACAAGACAAUGAGCUUUUUGUUAGUGCACUGAAUGUUUAGCCAAAGACAAUAUAUACAAACUUUACAAUCUCUAUUUGUUAAUAAAAUAAUCAUUAGUACAAAUAGCUUAAUAUCUUGUGUUCCUUGUCUCAUGAAAAAAAUCUAGGGUAUUUGUCAUUUAAUCCAGUUGUGGCUGAGAGCCUCACUAUUAAUGUUUUUUAGGGACAUGUUACAUAGGAUGUAAAUUUUGCACUAACCAACUGUUGUGUAAAUUUUUCUGAUUAUGUAAGUAAAAGCAUGAGAUUCUGAAGU